AUGUAUAUCCUUGUUGCAGGUCUUUUAAUGAUAACCUGUACUGAUAUGGCAAUAUUAUGUGGUAAUGGUAUAGAAGCUUGUCAUGCAAAGUAUGGAGCAGUAUCUGCUAAAAUUGGUAGCUGCCAUGAAAUGGCACUCCGCAUAGUGUUGCAGGCUAUUGAAUCACAUGCAAACAGAUAUGGAAGGUAUAUCGAACCAAUCUUAUCUCUCAGUGUAGAUUUUUAUGUCAGAUUGUUUGUUCGGAUAUUCACAAGUCCGAUUGCUGUAAAAAAUAGUGUUUGCAAGCUUUCUAUGGUUUAUAUUUGCAAUGGCUGUGAAUCCUACUAUUUACAACCACUUGGAAAAAAAUUAAAAACUGAGAAAGGUCAAAAGUAUUCACCUGGUACAGGUCCUCCUGUUGACUCAAAAUGUAUAAAUUGUGGACAUUCGUUUAAGGUUUGUGGUCCUAUUUGGUCUGAAAAUCUACAUAACAAAGAUUUUAUUGAAAAAACUGUAGAGACUGUUAAGGAAGAAGCUGAGCUUUACAAAACAUCAAAACGCAUGUUAGGAGUUUUGAAUGUUAUAUUAGAGGUAACAAUCAAAUAUUCUUUGGCAGUAUUAAAAGAUAUAAU